AACCCUGCAUUCUGAGCCUCUUAUCUGAAACUGAUGAGUGGGUAAAUUGUUUGAUUUUGUUAACAGAGGAGGAGGAGGAGGAGGAGGAGGAGGAUCAACGGUGGCAGAAUGUUGGAGCCCAGGUUCGCUGCUGCUGCUGCUGCGGCUAUAUACAUGUGGAUGUUGGGUUGGAGCUGGGCAGAAUCAGCAAUAGGGGUCAACUGGGGCACGGUUUCUUUCCACAAGUUGAAGCCUUCAACGGUGGUUGAUCUCUUGAGAGAUAACAAGAUCCCAAAAGCGAAGCUUUUUGAGGCAGAGCCUGAUGUCCUUAAGGCUCUCAUGGGGAGUGGGAUUCAGGUCAUGGUUGGGAUACCCAAUGAGAUGUUGUCCCUCUUGAGCUUCUCCCCAGAUGCUGCUGAUUUGUGGGUUCGCCAGAAUGUUUCUACUUACAUGGGCAAAGGUGGCGCUGACAUCAGGUAUGUUGCUGUUGGAAAUGAGCCAUUCCUUACGAGUUACAAUGGUCAAUUUCAGAACAUGGUUAUGCCUGCGGUACUCAAUCUGCAGAAGUCUUUAGUGAAAGCAAAUCUUGCUGGUUCUGUAAAACUAGUUGUCCCGUGCAAUGCAGAUGCUUAUGAGUCUUCACUGCCUUCCCAGGGGGCAUUCCGACCUGAACUGACCCAAAUUAUGACUCAGCUGGUUCAGUUCCUCAACUCAAAUGGUGCCCCAUUUAUUGUUAAUAUCUACCCAUUCCUCAGCCUCUAUGACAACAAUGAUUUCCCACAAGACUAUGCUUUCUUUGAGGGAACUACUCAUCCUGUCACAGAUGGUACCAAUGUUUAUACCAAUGCAUUUGAUGGAAACUACGACACAUUAGUUGCAGCUCUCAGUAAACUUGGAUAUGGUCAGAUGCCUAUAGCUAUUGGUGAAAUUGGUUGGCCUUCUGAUGGAGCCAUUGGUGCAAAUAUCAGUGCAGCAAGGGUUUUCAAUCAAGGUCUCAUCAAUCAUGUUCUGAGUAACAAAGGGACCCCCUUGAGGCCCGGUGCUCCUCCUAUGGAUAUUUAUGUCUUCAGUGUGCUUGAUGAAGGAUCAAAGAGCAUACUUCCAGGAGGUUUUGAAAGACAUUGGGGUAUAUUUUCUUUUGAUGGGCAAGCUAAAUAUCCAUUAAACCUUGGCCUUGGAAACAAGGAAUUGAAGAAUGCCAAGAAUGUUCAGUAUCUUCCGUCUAGAUGGUGUGUAGCAAGCCCAUCCAGUGAUUUGAGUAAUGUAGCAAACCAUAUGAGAAUUGCCUGUAGUGUUGCAGAUUGCACCACACUUGACUACGGAGGUUCAUGUAAUGGGAUUGGGGAGAAGGGUAAUAUCUCAUAUGCUUUUAACAGUUACUAUCAGCUACAAAUGCAAGACUCACGAAGCUGCAAUUUUGAUGGUCUUGGUAUGGUUACUUUCCGAGACCCUUCGGUUGGUAACUGCCAUUUUCUUGUGGGCGUUACAGAUAAAGGCUCAAAUUCAUCUGGUUCUCACAUAAUAUGUCAGUGGUGGAUUCUAGUAGCAUCUUUUGUUAUACGAGUGAUGUUUUCACUUUCAGUGUGAUUAAGAGGUUUUAUAAGUGGGUUUUCUACGAUCACCUCUUCUGAGAAUGUUAGAACUUAGUAGUCAAGUAGAAGAAUGGCCGAUAUAUAUAUAUAUAUAUACCCAAGAAAAAAAGGUAGUUGGUUUACAUUAGCAAAUAUAUUAGAUAAUACUCAAAAGCAUUCUUGGUUUGUAGCCCCAGCAUAUGAUUUAGUCAUUGUAUCAAUUAUACAAGAGAUGACGUGAAUACGAACGUAUUCAAUAUUACACAUGAUUUAUCAUUUAUGUUUGUUCCGGUUACUUGUAUUGAAUUAUUAGAAUGAGUCGUAGUUUUCUUGUUCACCUCUGUUGGAAAAGGGGGAGCUGCAGUGCAAUUAGCAUUUAUAGUAUCUGGCAUAGGCAUGGUUUCGUGGAAUUUGUGUUAUUGUG